UUAUUUUUUAAUCACAAUUUACAACAGUUAAGGAAUUUUUUGAUAAUUUUUGCAUAUCAUUACCGACGAUACUUGGAAUUUUGCGUUGUGCCGCACAGAAGGGGGUAUGUUUGAUAAUUGGUUUCACUUUCAAGAGCAUUUGAAUACAAAUAUCAAGACUCACAAUUAUAUUCUCAUGUCAUCGUAAUCAACUUCCAAACUCCCUCAAUGAAGACAUGGCAUCUGAUCCGCAGUUGCUGAUAAAUGAGGGUGAACUCAAUGAAAUUCUACGUAUAAUUAGUGCCGCAAAAAACCCUGAAUGUAAGAUUGUCGGCUCCCUAUUUGGACUAUGGAGGAACUCUUUAACCCAACCUGUAGUUCAGCUAGCUACAGGUCCUGGAGCAAGGGCAAAAGUGUCAAAGGAAAUGUUUAAGCCUGAUGGUGCUUAUCAUAGUGAAAUUAAGGAGUACUUGGACAACGAUCAUGGUUUGUUACAGAUUGGUUUAUGGUGUUCCGGAAGUAGAAGCCGAUACCCUAGACGUAAGUGUAAUAAUGUCAGUAAUAUUUAUUGUAGCUGUGUAAAAAUCUAAACCACUAAAAUUUUGGAACACUUUGUAUGAUAGAAAGGAUAACAUUUUCUCACUCUGACAACUGCAUGCCCAUGUAUUGGUCAUCAUAUACUGCAUGAUAGUGGAGCACAGCUAUUUGUUUUGAUUGUGCAAACUGUGAAACUCUGAGGAAAAGUUCCAGAAUCCUACACACGGUUGAACUUGUAACCUCCAGUUUGUACUUGGUAUAUAGACCUUUCCCCUUUUAAGUGAAAUUUUGAUCUAGACAAGUCUGGACAAAAAUUUCAUCACAGCUUGAAAGAGCAUCACAAAAUUAGUAAUAUUGCGAAGUUUCGUUGCGAAAUGUUGUAAAAUGCGGAUAAUAUAGCCUUGCGAAGUUUGCCGUUUUUCAGUCAUUUUGUAUUACAAACGGAAAAUUGAUAAUCAGUUUGAUCAUCUGAUUAUCAAUUUCCCAUUUGUAAUACAAAAUGACUGAAAAACGGCAAACUUUGCAAGGCUAUAUUAUCCGCAUUUUACAACAUUUCCCAACGAAACUUUGGAACAUUACUAAUUUUGUGAUGCUCUUUCAAGUUGUGAUGAAAUUUUUGUCCAGACUUGUCUUGAUCAAAAUUUCACUCAAAAGGGGAAAGGUCUAUUGUUGAAGGGUUUUGUAGACGGAAAUUUCAAGUGUAAAUCUCGUACAUUUAUUACAUCUAACCAGGAGCAGUUACGAUAAAUGCAACUAUCGACGCUCACCUUGUGAUUCCGGUAUACAGAGCUCUAACCAACUGAGCUUACAGAGUCCAGUUGUCGAGCUCUAAUCGCAAGUUCAUGUAUACAUAUACUAUAAGGUGAUGGCAAUGUAAGAUGUAUGGGUAAAUAUCAGAUUUUGGACAUCUCACUCAAAAGAACAAAUUGUUGAAAGAUUUUGUAAAUGGAAAUUUCAAGUAUAAAUCUUAUACAUUUAUUAGUAUAUUUGUAUGCAUGCUAUGACCCUGCAGAGCGCUGUUGAGCUAAUGGAAUUUAAUGGCCAGCCAAGAUAUAUCUAUAAACUAUCUUUAUACCUCUAUUUUUCCCAUUACAGUCGAUCGCAAGAGUCGAGAGUUUAAUCUCCGAAAUACAUUGGUGCCUUGGAAAGGAAGAUAUGUUGUUUUGAUGUUUGUUAAUUUCACACGAGGAAAUCUAGAAAUUGAAUAUGAAAUAAUUGACAAAGCAAGACCAGAAUCCUCUCGAAAUGCCAGUCUUACUGAAAAAGGUAAAUUACAACUCAUUAAUAAUUCAUUAAGAAAAUUCAAAGGAAAUUAAUGUUUAAUCAAUGUUUGUAAAUCGGAUAAAGAUUUGUCCUGAUUUACAUAAACUUUAGCUUUGAUUUUCUCGGCUUAGACAAUGUUUAUUUUUAAAAUUACUUCGCCAAUGAACUCAUAAGAUGGGUCGUUUUUUAAGUACGUUAAGUCUCGCCUUCGGCUCGAGUUUGUAUAUCAGAUACAGCUGGUUAAUUUUGCAGGUUGCAGGUUCGCAAUUCCCUACAUCCAGACGAUGAAUGAGAUCAGUGACUGAUCUCCACUUCCGGUUUUCAUCACAAACAAUAUAACUUUAUUCUAGCCUGAAAACAGACCCACGUUUAUUUACUAUACUAGAAAAUACAUGCAUGCAGAAACCCUCGCCUUGCUGCCAAAACUAUUAUGUUUUCCAAACAUGAAGUAUUGUCAUGGUAACACGAUAAUUUUAAGAAUAUAGUUUAAAAUUGAAAAAUCCCCCAAAAUGAUCAAUUUCCCAAACAUAUAUAUGUUAGGUAUGUUAUUAUACGUAAUAUAAGCUUCAAUUUAAUGUAAAAAUCAACCACAAAUGCAUCGCAAAACGUUUCAAAAUGUUCUUAAAACUAAACUGCCUUUUAUCGGUAUUAAACAUUGAGUUUCAAAAUCGAAAUAAAUUGAUUUCAAAUUCUUGCAUGAAAAUAACUCGCCAUCAUGCCACAGAGAUCAUGCUGAAAACCGGAAGUGGAGAUCAGUCACUGAUCUUAUUCCUCGUCUGGAUGCAGGGAAUUGCAAACCUGCAACCUGCAAAAUUAACCAGCCGUAUCAGAUAAAGAUCAGCUGCUCAUGUUUCAUUUAACUAGUACUUGUAAAUGGCGUAGCAUUUACGUACCUACCAAUAUUAGGUUAAUUAUUUUAAAGUGUUAUUUUCCGCUGGCUAAGGAACGAAAGAAGCGGAAAAUAUUUUCUCACACAACCGGGUUUGGCAAGCACAUGUUGUUUCAUUCGCCAUUGCUUGACUAAAUAAGGGAGGGCCCCCAAUAGACCUCUAGGAAUAACAGUUUACAACUGAUCCAUUAUCAAUAUAGUAAGUUAAUUUCUGAUUUUUUGUUUCAUUGUUUCACAGAUGUUCUUCCUGGUGCAAGCAGUUUCAGAUUACUCCAUCCAGUUUUUGAUAGACUCAACCAGGGUGCAAAGUUUUCUGCCCGUCAAAAGAAACAAACUGGUUACUUUUCAACUAGUAUGCUUCAAAGAAAUCACCAUCAACCACCACCACCAAGCGUACCAAAUAAAGCGAUUUUUGUACCAACACCUGAGCAUGAGCCACAACCUUCACAAUGGUACGAAUCAGAUGGUGGCCACAGUCUCUUGAAAAAACUGGUAAAUGGAUUUAAAUCACACGGCGUGUCUGUAGAUAUGUCCAGGGAUUCAAACUCGCAUGAUAUGACAUUGGAAAUAAAUCGCAGCAUUUGUUUACAUUUUCCUGUCGAUUUUCCAAGAGGUCGAAUGUCUUUAACUUGGUUAAAUGACACCUCAAGGUUUACCAGAAAUGCUGAUGAGAUAUGUAAUACUAUAUUACACAGAACUUUAAACAUUCUCUCACACGAAACUGCACUUAGUCUUUCAACCCGACAGACUGCCUGUUGACACUUUUCGUACCCUGCAGGACUUCCUGGAUUCGAGGUUGGCUUGUUCGCCGAAAAUAUUGCUUUUUACAAGCACAAGAACACUCUAUUUCAGAGGGUUAAUUAACUCUAGUGAGUAGUGGGCUUGGGUUGUACCUAAUUUAAUAGUGAAAAUUUUACAUAACUACAGCACUACUGUAAUUCAUAAUGGACAAGCAAACUAUAAAUGUAUACUAAUUUCUGUACCUUACUAAAUAGGAAAUAGAUAAUAC